UAGACGAGAAAAAAAUUUGCGCGGUUAGAAUAGCGUUUUGCGAUAUUUACAAAUAUUUCUUCAGAAUAUUAUCUCUAACUUUAUUCAAAAAAAACAGUGAGGGCUGGUCUAAUAUUUUUAAAUAUGUCACAAGUUUCAGAUGAUCGAGAUAUAUUUUUUGAAGAAGAUGAUUUAAAAUAUGAAGAAGAGAUUCUUCGGAAUCCAUAUUCUGUCAAAUCGUGGCUAAGAUAUGCAGAAUAUAAAAAGGAAGGGCGAAAAGAAGUAUUAAACCUAAUUUUCGAGAGAGCAUUAAAAGAAUUGCCUGGCAGCUACAAACUAUGGUAUAACUAUUUGCUAAUAAGAAGAAAGCAGGUUGAACAUCUUUUAGCCACUGAUCCUGCAUUAGAUCAAGUUGAUAAUGUGUUUGAGAGAUCCCUAGUUUUCAUGCAUAAAAUGCCCAGAAUUUGGUUGGAAUAUUGUAAAUUUCUAAUGGAUCGCGGUCAGAUAACAAAAACUCGAAGGACUUUUGACAGAGCCCUCCGUUCUCUUCCUGUAACGCAGCAUGAUCGUAUUUGGUCCCUCUACUUAGCAUUCGUUCAAUCCAAUGACGUUCCUGAACUAGCUUGUAGAAUAUUUCGUCGCUGUUUGAAAUUAAUGCCCGAAAAAUCAGAAGAUUAUAUAGAUUAUUUAAUAUCUGUCGACCGUCUUGAUGAAGCUGGACAACUAUUAGCAAAUAUUAUCAACGAUGAAGACCAUGCCUCAGCCAAUGGUAAAUCCAAACAUCAGUUGUGGAAUGACCUUUGCGAGUUAAUCUCAAAAAACCCAGGUAAAAUUCACUCUCUUAAAGUAGAGCCCAUCAUCAGACAAGGAAUUAAAAGGUAUACAGAUCAAGUAGGUGUUUUAUGGAAUUCUUUAGCGGAUUAUUAUAUAAGGAACGGUCAUUUUGAGAAGGCUCGGGACGUAUAUGAAGAGGCUAUCAAGACUGUUAAGACAGUAAGGGAUUUCACGCAAGUUUUUGAUGUGUAUGCUCAGUUUGAGGAAAAUAUGGCAACUUCAUCGAUGGAGGCUGACGCCGCUGUUGAUGAUGCUGAAAUUGAUUUGCGUUUGGCUAGACUUGAAUGGCUAAUGGAGAGACGUCCUCUAUUGCUAAAUAGUGUACUUUUACGUCAGAAUCCGCAUAAUGUUCUUGAGUGGCAUAAAAGAAUAGAACUUUACGAGGGGAAAUCAGUAGAAAUAGUAAAAACUUUUACGGAGGCUGUUCAGACAGUAGAUCCCAAGUUAGCAACUGGUAAACUAUACACAUUAUGGGUUGAAUUCGCAAAAUUCUACGAAAAAGCCGAUCAAAUAUCAGAUGCUCGUAAUAUCUUCGAAAAAUCCAUAACUGUAAAUUUUAAAUAUGUUGAUGAUUUAGCAUCGAUUUGGUGUGCUUGGGCCGAAAUGGAGUUACGUCAUCACAAUCCAAACGAAGCUUUAAAAUUACUUCAAAGAGCAACUACGCCACCGAAGAAACGUGUAAAUUAUCAUGAUGAGACAGAAACAGUGCAAAAUCGCCUUCAUAAAUCCUUAAAACUGUGGAGUUUAUAUGCUGAUUUAGAAGAAAGUUUUGGGACAUUUAAGAGAUGUAAAGCAGUUUAUGAUCGAAUCAUAGAUCUACGAAUUGCAACUCCCCAAAUCAUCAUUAACUAUGGGCUAUAUUUAGAAGAAAAUAACUAUUAUGAGUAUGCAUUUAAAGCUUAUGAGAAAGGGCUAGCACUAUUCAAAUGGCCUAACGUUUUUGAUAUAUGGAACACCUACCUCACGAAAUUCAUUAAUAGAUAUGGAGGAAAGAAAUUAGAAAGGGCUAGAGAUUUAUUUGAACAAUGUUUAGAAUAUUGCCCACCAAAAUUUGCUAAAUGCUUCUAUUUACUCUACUCCAAACUGGAAGAAAAUCACGGCUUGGCUAGACAUGCCAUGGCAAUUUAUGAUAGGGCGUGCACUGCAGUUCUUCCUGAAGAGCAACCUGAAAUGUUCAAUAUAUACAUCCGGCGGGCGGCUGAAAUAUAUGGAGUUUCUCAUACGAGAAGCAUAUACGAAAAAGCGAUUGAUGUCUUAACCGAUAAGGACGCACGGGAGUUUAGCCUCAAAUUUGCUGAUUUAGAACGAAAACUUGGGGAAAUAGAUAGAGCUAGAGCAAUUUAUGCACAUGCAUCGCAAAUGUGUGAUCCAAGGAUUACUCUUAAAUUUUGGAAAACUUGGAAGGAAUUUGAAAUCAAGCAUGGAAACGAAGAUACGGUUCGUGAAAUGCUUCGAGUUAAAAGAAGUGUACAAGCUACUUAUAACACUCAAGUGAAUUUUAUGUCAUCUCAAAUUUCCUCCGUCAACCAAAACGAAGAUGAUGACGAAGAAGAUGAAAUGAGAAAAUUAGAGAAAAGAGCAAGGGAAUUGGCAGAGGAAGAGGUGAAGUCUCAGACAAAAGAAAAAAAUAUCAACUUUAUUUCAAGUGAGGAAAACCCGAAAAAAGUUGAAGAGAAAAAUCCCGAAGAAUUAGAUAUUGAUUGGUCAGAUGACGACGACGAAGCAACUGAAAGCUCAAAGGUAACAGUGGAAAAGCAAUUUAUUCCGGAUGAAGUAUAUGGUGGCUUGAAAAAAGACAUUGACGAAACGAUAGUUUAAAGCGCGAACCUAAGCACUUUUAGAGAAAACCUAAAAGUUGGCAAAAAUCAGUUUUGUUUACCUGAUCAAAUAUAUAUUUUUUUGUUUAAUAUUUUAAUCGAAUGUUGUUUUAUAUGAAAUUUCAAUUACUCUUUUUGUUUUGAUAAUCAGUACAAUUGUACGAGGUAUCGAGUUCUUAAAAUUUUUGCAAACUUUUUAUGAAAAAGUAUUUUAUUUCACAAACUACUUCUUUUUUCAGUCAAAAAGUUAGUAGGAAAAUCUUCAAGUAUUGCAGUUCAGGAAAAUUGGCUCAAGUUAGUUCCUAAAAUAAGACCGUUAACAGCAAAGUGCAUUAAGAUAAAACUUGGUAGACAAAUUUAAUAGUUAGAUAAAACGAACAUGGUUUCAAAAACUCUUUUCUAGCAGCUAGACGGUAAGUUUUGGUUUCAUCUCAACCCAAUCGAAAUUAUAGGUUGUUGGUAAACCGAAAUGAGCCUCUUUUUCAAAUAUUCCAGUCCAGGAAAAGGGUUUCAAGUUGGUUCCUAAAGUUGGACCACUAAUAGCAAUGGAACGUCGACUGAGUGCGGAGGAAUAGUCCGUAAUUUUCGUAUCAUAGCAUCCUUUUGAUUCAGGUUUUUUUGCAUUCAAAUCUCCUCGACAACAGAUAGUAUUGCAGGGGUUUCCAUCAGAGUAUUCAUCUACUUUGUAAUUAUUAUAACGCAUUAUUCUCUUCAUAUCAUCAAAAGUUUUGACAGAUCCUUGAUCACGACGGAAAAUUUUUGCUCUUGGUGCUAAUUGAUAAGAAAAAUUAAUUCCAAAUUUUUUAACAGCCAGUGAGUAUCCACUUUUCUCAUAAAUAUCUUCAUAAAACGGUACGUUAUACGAAGGCCAAUAGCCAGCUCUAAGGAUAUCAGUUUGAUCAGCGUAUUUAACAAUUCCUGGUAAUUGUUCUAUAACAUAUAGGGCACCAUCUUCAACACCAGUUUUUAACUUUAUACGAUUCAAAUCAAUGACCAUAUAUUGAUUGUUAUAUGUCCCAGAAUUAUAUUUUGCAUACAUUUUUGACCAUUCAAGUCCAUUAUGGGCCAACAUAUUAGCCAAUCGAACUCUGUGCCAUGCCAAAAGACUUUUCUCGCUUACUUUAUCAUAAAUAGUGGUAUUAAACACCAUAUUUGUUGUCUGUAGCAUAACUAAUCCAUUCUGCAUUAUGUAAAAAUCGUCAAGUGAUUCCAAAUAUCCUGGAUAACUUGAAAAAGAAAGACUUUUAGAAGCAACGUUUUUGCCCGAUAAAUUAAAAUCGUAAUGCUUAUAAAUUCUGUAACUGUUGGAAUAGGUAAACCAGCUUGAAUGAGACAUGAAUAUAUUUUCAAAACCAGGUAGUAAUUUAAUCAAAGCAGAGCACAUUCCUCUUCCAUUUACAUAUUCCAUAAAUUCUUCAUAUUUCAUCUUGUUAAUAUCUAUACGCGUUUUUGGUGCAACAGCGUGCGAAAUAUCUAUAAGAUCGCCAGCUGCAUUCAACAUUUGGACGACAAAGUAGUCAUUUGGCAAUGAUUUAUCAGUUUCAGCAACUUUCUGAUAUCCUGCCUGAAGACCGUCAUAUUGUGCAAAUAUAUUUUGGACAUGACGCCAAUAUUCAUCAAAUCCGGAAGCAACAGAAAUUUGUUUUCUAAUCCAUUUUUCUUGUUUAUUUAAAAACUCUUUAGUUUUUUUCUCCACUUCCGGAAAACCUUUGAAAAAAUAUGGCCAAACAUUCCUGUACGCAUCAGCCAUACUCCUGAAAAAUUGAAUAUUUAGCAAAGUUAUAGAUGGAUUCCAAAGGUUUUUACUUUGCUGUCAAAAUUCCUUCCAGGUAUCCGGCUGCAAACAUUAAUUGUUUAUCCGAGCAUGGCUCUUUAGAAUAACCAGCUUUAAUUUCCAAGGUACCCCACCCAUUUGUUAAAAUAGUAUUGUUAUAAGAGCCAAAAGCACAGGAAUCAGAUUUUCUAAUACUAUCGGAAAAUAUUUUAUUGUCCCGAAAACUGACGCUACCCUCCAGAUAUGUUGACCCAACCUCAAGGAAAUUUAAUGAAAACCACAAAAAAAUGUAUAGGAGUUUCAUUGUCUUUACUGAAAUCCAAAAUGGCUUCCGAUGUAAACAAAAUUUUUCUCCGGAGAUAUUCUGAUAAGAAUGAUAUAAUUGAAUUGAUAAUUUAAGUAAACUCCUAUAUCCUUAGGUUUCUUAUCAUUCUAUAAAGAAAUUUUGUACGAACAUGAACUUGAUUAUGAUUUUCGUACCGGCAACGUACGGAAGUAAAUGUUAUAUUUCAUUCAUCUUUACAAUGCUAUUACCCUUUCAAGCUUGUGGAAGGGCUUUACAGUCAUUCUUUUCAAUUUUUUAGUAAAAAUAUUCAGCGUAAUUUUACCAAAUGGAAAAUGAAUUAGCUAUGUUACAAGUAACAAAUUUAAUGCUCAAUUAAUUAGGUCAAUAAGAAGAAAUCUUUUGGGCAAAGCAUAAAAUUCACUAACUAGCAUAAUGACCCGUAAUGAACAUUAAUGAUAUAAAUAUAUGGAAAAUUAACUGACAAAUUCACAAGUGAUGUUGAAAUAGAUAUCUCCACUUGAUAGACCAAUCAGAGUUUUAAUGACAAGACAGAAAUUCGACAGAAAUAUAAUAUAGCUGAUAUUUAAAGCAGACAGAAAAACGCUCGUUUUAAGAUCUGAAACGACAUCUUCAGAAUCAAAGUAUUGCAUAAAUUUCCUUCAAUACGAUGAAAAUUGUAUUGCAUUUAGAGAGACUAAGUUGAAACUCUUUCCAUUCAUAAGUUCAUUUAGAAGACACAAUAUAUUUCCAUAAUUAUUUCAAUUUUAAAAGAAUA